UAGGUUGGUUUGUUGACAGGAAGUGCGUGAGGAGGAAUCCCCGCCGUACGAGGCUCCGUGUCUGUAGUUUAGCCCGACAAGCAGCGGUCUUCGUGUCCGGAUACACCGUGGAGGUAAUGAGGACUCGGAUUAUGUGCUUUAGGAUCGACCGGUGGCAAAGAUGCAAUGGAGGUCAAUAGUCGUGGGUCUGGUGGUCCUGAGACUGUCUGUAAGCUGGGUUCUCUGGCUAGCCUUCGGGCUGGGAGCUGACGUUAGCUCUGGGUUCAACUUCCACCUCGGUUUUAAUUUGCACAAAUUCGACUUGCUGUUCAGGGAGGAACGGGAAGCCGAGCUCAGCUCCUGUUCCCAGCGAAUCCAGGGCCACAGCUACGAGGAGACCGCGAGCACCUGCGCGAAGAUCGAGGAGGGUCCCACCAGGACGCCCUACCUGAACCUCUUCGAUGGCAACAGGGACGAGUACGUCCGGAGGUACAGCUCCUUCCCGGACGCUCUGCGGGCCAAGAUGAAGGACAUGGCCAAAGAGAUGUUCUACUUUGGAUACGAGAACUACAUGAAAUACGCUUUCCCAGAGGACGAGCUGAACCCCAUUGACUGUGAGGGGAGAGGUCCAGACGUGCUGAACCCGUCGAACAUCAACAUUAACGACGUCUUGGGAAACUAUUCGCUAACACUCAUUGACACCUUAGACACCCUACUGGUGCUCGGCAAUGUGACGGAGUUCCAGAGAGCUGUCAAACUGGUUAUUGACACCGUGUCUUUUGACAAGGACUCAACUGUGCAAGUCUUCGAGGCAAACAUCAGGAUCCUCGGAAGCCUUAUCUCGGCACAUAUUCUGCUGACUGACCCCAAGCACCCAUUUGGAGAGGUUGGCUUCAAAGAUUAUGACAACGAGCUUCUGCACCUGGCUCACGACCUGGCUGUGCGCCUGCUGCCUGCCUUCGAGAACACCGGCACUGGCAUUCCUUACCCCAGGGUGAACCUGAAGACCGGAGUUCCUCAGGACAGCGUGAAUGAGACGUGCACCGCAGGGGCUGGGUCCCUGCUGGUGGAGUUCGGCAUUCUGAGCCGCCUGAUUGGGGAUUCGACGUUUGAAUGGGUGGCGAGGCGAGCCGUCAGAGCUCUGUGGAAUCUGAGAAGCAACGAAACUGGUCUGUUGGGAAACGUCGUUAAUAUCCAAACAGGCCAGUGGGUCGGAAAGCAGAGUGGCCUUGGAGCCGGUAUGGACUCCUUUUAUGAGUAUUUGCUAAAAUCGUACAUCCUUUUUGGUGAGAAGGAGGACUACCGGAUGUUUAAAGCUGCUUACGAGAGCAUUCAGAACCACAUGAGAAGAGGACGAGAGUCUUGCAAUGAAGGCGAGGGCGACCCGCCUCUCUAUGUUAAUGUCAACAUGUUUAGCGGUGAGAUAAUGAACACUUGGAUCGACUCCCUUCAGGCCUUCUUUCCUGGGCUGCAGGUGCUGAAUGGCGAUAUCGAUGAUGCCAUUUGCCUGCACGCCUUCUACUAUGCCAUCUGGAAGCGCUUCGGCGCUCUGCCGGAGAGAUAUAACUGGCAACUGAAGGCUCCCGAUGUGUUAUUUUACCCUUUAAGACCAGAGCUGGUGGAGUCGACCUACCUGCUGUACCAGGCAACAAAAAAUCCGUUCUAUCUGCAUGUCGGAAUGGAUAUUCUCCAGAGCCUUGAGAAAAAUGCCAAAGUCCGAUGCGGAUACGCCACACUCCACCAUGUUGUGGAUAAAUCCAAAGAGGAUCGCAUGGAGAGCUUUUUCCUAAGUGAAACCUGCAAAUACCUUUAUCUUCUGUUCGAUGAGGACAACCCACUUCACAAGUCCGAUAACAAGUACAUCUUCACCACAGAGGGUCACGUUGUGCCUAUAGACCAGCGUUUCAGGGAGAAACAGUGGAACGAUUUGUCUCCAUGCGAAGCGCUGCCAGAACCAGAACCGAACAACCAGCUGCCUCUGAGCAACACCAGCAACUGUAACAGGAUUCCCGAGGAGCGCCGGUAUGCUCUGCCAUUAAAGAGUGUCUACAUGAGGCAGAUUGAUCACAUGGUGGGAGUUUUUUGAGGAGAAAGGACAAAUGUGGUGACACUAGUUUUUAAAAAAAAAAAAAAAAACUCUGCAUUGGAGGACCUCCUCUGGUCAGAAUCGGUGUCCCGUCUGUUUCUCACCCGUGGAUCCAGACAAGAAAUGAAACACCAAUGAAUCCUGAGAAGACAAUUUUAUUACUAACUGUAUUCAAGUAAAAGGUUUUUGGUUGUAGAACAUGAUGCCAACCAAGCUGACAACUCUCAGGUCAGGAAAAAAUAGUUUUUUUUUUUUUUGUUCGUUUUUGUCUGAACUGAGAUUCAGAGGGUUUUAGACUAACUGAGAUAUCUGGUCAAGUAUUUGUAGGUAAACGUUUGCACGUACGUGUGUGUUUGCAGUCACUAAUAAAAACGUCGACCUUUUUAAAGGAAGCCAAUCCCUAAACCUGAGAAUCAGUGCCUCUUCUUGAAGUCGAUAUACUUGAUUAGAUUAGUGCUUUUACACAAGGGCUUUAAAGGUAAUUUUUAAAAUGCUUAAAAAAAUAUGCUUUUUACUCCAGAUAUUUUUCACUUAACAGCAUUACUGCAAGAUUCUGGCUUUAUUUCUCCUAAUUACCAAGUAAAAUCCUCAAAAGUAGAGACGCACCGAUCAGAAUCUUAUGGCAGAUCGUAGAUUUUUGUAAAACUUUCAUACCGAGUUUGGUCGAUUCUAAUUCCUCUUUAAGAACUAUUAUUAGAAUUAUAAUAAUAUAUAGGAACAACGUUCUUUUUAUCUAACUUGCUGCUCUGACAAGUUAGUUAUUAUUUAUAUACGGAUCAAAUGUGAUAUCACACCCUGUGUGAAAGAGAGAGAGAGAGAGAGAGAGAGAGCAGUCGCUGUAAAACAGUAUUCUGCAAUCUUCUAAAAGCAGAUAGCAUGGCUACCAUCACUAAAACAGUAGUCUCUGUGUUCCCUAGAGAAUUUAGAUGCUUAGAUUUCCAAACGGCUGCCAUUUUUAUUUUUUAUUUUUUUCAAAUCUAGCUUGUUUUAUGACACGUGGAGGUUGAAAGCUCAAGAGGAGAAACACAGUAACUUAUCUGUGAUCUGUUCAGACUUCCUGUUAUCGGCUGAAAGUUUUGCUUUCUCCCGCAGUCUGAAUGAACCGCAGUCGAAUCUCACCAUGUCUUGCAAAGUGGUUUCCUUUUUAAAUGGCUCUUAAAAACCUUUUGUGCUUCCUCUGACUUCAUUUUUAACUGCCUAGUUAAACUUCGUUACUCAGUAAUAGUGUGCACACCGAGAGAGUUUGGACAAAAAAAGAUUAGGUUUAGAUUUUUUUUAAUUUUUUUUUAGCUUCUGACCGGCUAGUCACCAGAUAGGACUGCAAAAAUCGACUCCGGUCACCAAUCAAGUCCUUGGUGCAUCUCAACUAAAAUGCUAAUGCAUAUCUAGACAGGAAAAGAAAGUCUGGAGGGUGAGCUCCCUCUUGCCUUUGACACAUGUCUGACAAUACUGAGAAAAUGCAAUAUCGAGAAACUCAAGUUUUUAUCUUUCUAGCUUUUAUUGACUCUGUCUUAGAAAGGGCAAAUGGAUGCUGUAUGCCCCCAUCAGAGGGAGGUUCAGGGAUGACUCUUUAAGUGCCUUGUUUUCGUCUUAGUGUUUCUGGAUGUUAUAUGGUGCGUUUUUAGACAUGGAUGACAUCAUUGAACAUAUUUUAUGGCCACUUUUUAAUAUUGCACAAAUGUUUCAUUCCAUGUUUAUUCGAAGUUCUUUUUGUCUAUCCCAAGCCAUAAUUUUCUUUUUCAUGCUAAGUUUAUAUUGGUGAUAAUAAUUCUGCUGCAUUGUCUAUGAUUUGUACUUGUACACAAGAGACUGAUUUUUCUUUUGGUGCACUUCAUGUCUGUCAUGUGGUUAAAGACUCAGGGUUUAUUAGAAAUACAAAAAUCAGUGAAUGCUUUCAUAAGAAAUAAAAUUGUAAUGUUGCCUACUA